AUGCAAAAACAGCAGCUUACUUUGGAUGCCGCAUACAAGUUGACACUCUGGUACUCGCUAUUUUGUGAGGCUCAAAGCAGACAAGAGAGAACGACAGAGUGCCGCAGUCAUGAUACACGUGUAAGACACAUCGCUUUUUCGCUCCUCAAGGCGUCUCUUCCACGCAAGUCGCUGAAGAGCUGUUGUUUGUCCGGUGCAUGUGGCAGGGACUCUUUAACGCACAAAAGAGUACAUUUUGGAAGACCCGAAAUUUGUCCCGCGUCUGGUGGGCGCGAUGAUGUGUGCCAGUGCCUUGCCCAUGCAACAGCGUGUGUCGGAUGCCCGGUUCGCCUUAUGGUGAGGGACUACAGUUCCUCGGCCUCGCUUACAGGGGAUCGUUAUGGCGGGCUACGCUGCAUGCUGCGUCACAUGACGCUUCAGAGUGUAACGUUUUCUGGUACAUCGGACCCACACGACGCACAGCGUGUGGUAGAGGAGCUCAGUCAAACGCUGAUGUCUCACACAGGGACGUUGGGGCGUCUCAGUUUGGGAGGUAUUCCGGCACACGUCGUGAUCUCCCCACUGUUGCGCGCCAUGACGAUGGUGGAUAGCUUAACGGAAUUACGACUUGAGGAUUGUGGAAUACAAGACGUUGAUGAUAUUGUCUCCUACUUAAAUAUGGCAAAGCAUUUACGCCGAAUUUCCCUGCGUGGCAACAGUGGGAUAAGUGAGGGAAUGGCAAAACUGGGCGGCGCAGUGGCAACAUGCCGUUCGUUGCUCUCCGUUGAUAUGGGACUCUGUCGCUUGCGAGAUGACCAUCUUUAUCACUUUCUCAAUAACCUUCAUGGCUUUUUGGGACGUGCAUCCUUUACUUUUGACGUAUCCAACAAUUUCUUGAGCAACCUUUCAUUUGAACACCUUCGAGACGCCCCCGCGGCGUUUCGGGCAACCGUAAGCGAGUUGGAUCUCAGCGGUCACAAUUUGGAGAAAUGCGGGGUUGUCGCAUCUGCUAUGCUUUUGAGGCUUACCGCCCUGCGUGGUAUUUUGCUGGAUCAGUGUGAACUUGGGUCGCGUGAUUUGCAGCGGCUGUGCAGAGUACUCAGUCAAAAGGAACGACGCUGGAACCUUUUGUCUUUUCGGGGCAAUGCUUUGACCACUCACGACAUCAAGCGUCUGGCGCUUGUUUCACUUGCUGCCGGGUCUUCGCUUUGUGUGGCGGGAAACAGUAUUGGUACGGGCGUCCAGAAGCUAAACUUGACGAUAGUGCUGCCUUUUUUAUGUGAACUGGACCUCUCUAUAUGUGACAUCCGGGAUGAGGGUUUGCUGCAACUGGCGAACGCCCUUGAAAAAGUAGGGCCCUUUUCUCUGCGUGUGUUGCGGUUAGACGGGAACGACAUUGGCGUGGAGGGAAAGAAGGGGUGUAGCGGGUUGCAGUUUCUUGGAAGGGCUCUGCGGGCGAGUUAUGCUCCACGCCUUGAGGUGCUUUCCCUUGCACACAAUAGGCUGUUGCUGCGGCCUCUCUUGACACUGGUGGAGCAGGUAUCCUCCACUUUGAGGGAGCUUCACAUCUCUUACUCUGCCAUCGCAAACGACUACGGUGAGGUGAUGAGUCUUGUUAAGGAAAUCAUUCAGCGUCAAAAAGGGGGUCUUGGGUUCGAGCAGCUUGAUUUGUGGGCGAUGCGUGCAGCCGAUGCGGAUGCUUUUUGCAGUGGGGAGCUGGAGACGUGGCUUGAGGGUCAGCGGGCUGUUCGGGUCAUCACGGGGACGAAGUGA